AUGGACAGUGAGAAGUAUUGUCAAAUUCUGGAGCGAUGUUACGUCCCGUUGAGCAGUAAGAUCUACAAUGGAUAUGGUGUUCUUGUGCAGGACAAUGCUCCUGCUCACAAGAGCAUGUAUACAAGAGCACGCCUAGACAUGUGGAACAUUAGGCUGCUUGACUGGCCACCGGAGUCACCCUAUUUGAACCCAAUCGAACUUGUCUGGGGCAACAUGAAAACUUUUAUUAGAAUGAUAUUUGAAGAUGCAACAAUUAUUGCAAGAAAGCGAAAUGUCCGAAGUUCGGAAGAGUUGAAGAACGCAGCCAUGGCGUACUGGAAAACUCUCACGUCAACGGUUGAAAUGGCAGUAUCGUCACGAAGUGGCAACGGGGGAGGUUGA